AUGAUAUUAUCACCUAUACCACCCCAUGAGGAGAAAUUGGUAGACGAACCACUUUUACCGGAGAACAUUGCCAAUAUGGUCACAGCUAUUUCAUUAGCCACUCGAAUUUCACUUCGAUGUUCUUCCUUACUUUUUGAUGCCAUCUUUGAAGCCGCAAAGUAUGGAACUUCUUUAUCCUUGGGAUUAUCCAGGAACGCUUUAACGAAUGCCAUCAUCACCGCAAAGAACUUGCACAACAAUGAUCAUUUAGUGCUUGAAAAAUAUACAAAUAUUGGACUUUAUAUUGUCAGUCACACCUUUUCAUUGGCAGAAUUGUUUGCCAUGUCAGGUUUACAAUUUACUUCCAGAACAAUUCAAUCUAGUUUAAAGGCAGCGGAGGAAUCGGUACGAAUUGUAGACGGCAUUUUUGGAGCCAAUGAUACUUCUAGAGCCAUUGCAUCAUUUAUCACACUUGUCCACCGUGAGCUCGUACAAGACCCCGAAUUCGAGCUGGCCAAACAGGGAAAAGUAGCUAUUUUGGCAGGCCUCACCAAAGCGCUCACUGCAUUUGCGGUCUUACAAAAUGUGACACAUAAGCGAAUGAUGAAACAAAUCCCCAUCACAAUCCUUUGGGAAGGUCUCGAAGAAAUCAUGUAUUACGAUCAUGGUUGGAAUUUCCCCAAAAAUCACAUCAUCAACAAUAUCGAGCAUUUCAUGCGAUACGCUAGUGCAGCCUAUGGUGAAUCGUUUAUGCGUAUUCUCGGUAUUGGAGAUAUACCCACCAUAUUACCUAAUUCUCAUCAUCAUCAUCCAAACCAUCAUGCAUUUGCACAUCAUACUGGUAACUCCGUUGAAGAUAUCCUGUUAUCUAGCUAUACCGACCGAUCCCCUUUACAUCUACAUAACCCAUCCAUUCAUGCUCUUGUCCAUUACGUGACGGUAGAUCAUGCGUCCAAGGCAAUUGUGUUGACGUGUCGUGGUACGUUAGGACUGAGUGAUAUAUUGACAGAUUUGAGCAUGAGUUACAGUGAAUUCAGUCUGCCUACGGACAAGGAAAAGGUGUUUAAGGCGCAUCGUGGUAUGCUUGAUGCAGCGCAAUUAUUAUCAAAAGAAAAGGGCAAAGUGUAUCAAAAGAUUCGACAAGGAUUAGAAAGUUACCCUGAUUAUGGAUUGGUACUUUGUGGACACUCAUUGGGUGGAGGUGUGGCGAGCUUAUUAUGUGUUUUAUGGAGGGGGGAUAGUCUUAUGCCAUCGUUUGUGACGUCGAGUCAAUCAGGUCUUCCUGCAGGACGACCCAUUCAUUGUUACGCUUAUGGACCACCCGGUGUGAUGUCCCUUUCGCUCAGUAAUUAUUGUUCGGGUUUGGUGACCUCGGUUGUGCAUGGCUAUGAUAUCGUCAGCAGUUUGAGUCUGGGACUGGUCAAGGACUUUAAGAAUGUCGCUACCAGUUUACAUGAAGAGGCUGAUGUGGCAGAGGAAAUCAUUUCACGCGUGGUGGGUCGACUUCAGAAAAAGAAGGAUGAAGAAGUGACGGAAGAUGACCAAUGGUUUUGGGCCAUGAUUAAGACCAUGCGAGCCGACAUGAAUUCAGAAAAGAUGUAUCCACCAAGCACAGUUUAUCUAAUUGAAACAAUACCCCAUAUUAAAGAACAACACAAGGUUGUCCUUUGUCGUUGUGAAGAUGUAGAAGCUCGUUUCUCUGAAAUUGUCUUUACUCGUACCAUGUUUAUGGACCAUUCUCCUUUAAUGUACGAACGAGCCAUCAAGAAACUAUGUCGAGGCUUUAGCAACAAAUAA